AGAACGGGUUUGAGCUAAAUUACCUUCCCUACUAUCUAGUAGCUAACAUCUGACGUUGAAACGACGGCGUAUAACCUAUGCCCUUUAAUUGGUCCCUCACUUUCAGAAACUCUCAAACUUUAGCGCACGUUAGAAAGAAACUUCAAAACCAAAACCCUUUCCCCUUCCUUUCCUCUGCAACUUCUUUGCAAGGAGACAAAACGAAGAUGCUUGUGGUAAUUAAUUGAUUAAUUUAAUAGUUUUAAUCGCUUAAAUUAAUUUUGCUAUGGGCAGCACCUUCCUUUCUUUACCAAUAAAGCGAGCCAUGCCCGAUCCGAACCCUUCUUCUAAUGGACCCUCCAAGCGUUCCAAGCCUCCGUCUACUCCUCUCCAUACUCCCCCCGGCCACGUUGCCUUCCGUCUCCUCUGCCACGUGUCCCGUGUCGGUGGCAUCAUCGGCAAGUCAGGUAGCGUCAUCAAACAACUGCAACAGGUUACCUGUUCCAAGAUCCGAAUUGAGGAUGCCCCGUCCGAAAGCCCCGACCGGGUUAUUACUGUCAUAGGCCCGAAUGCUGUUAAUACCAAGGUUGUACUGAGUCUUGGUAGCCUUGACAGUGGUGAUGGUAGUAGAGUUGAGGAAAUCGAUGUGUCCAAGGCGCAGGAGGCGUUAGUAAGGGUGUUCGAGAGGAUUCUGGAGGUGGCGGCGGAGAGCAAUGGAGCUGCCUUGGGGAUGGUUUCUUGUCGGUUGUUGGCGGAGGUUAAGCAAGUUGGGAGCGUGAUAGGGAAAGGAGGUAAAGUAGUGGAGAAGAUAAGGGAAGAUACUGGGACCAAGAUUAGGGUUUUAGCGGAUAAGCUACCGGCUUGUGCCAGCUCCACGGAGGAGAUAGUGGAGAUUGAAGGAGGUGUUUUAGCUGUAAAGAAAGCACUUGUUGCUGUCUCACACUGCCUCCAAGAUUGUCCUUCUGUCAAUAAAACAAAGGUAACUGAAAACAGAACCAUCGAAUCAGUUCUGCCGGAGACUUUACGCAGACCUAUUGAGGUACUUCCUCAGGAGACUUUGCACAGACCUAUAGAGGCGGUUCCCCAGGACCCAUUGAACAGACCGAUUGACGUGGUUCCGCCGGAAUCUUUUCUUAGACAUUUUGAGGUUGUUUCGCAUAAGUCUUUACCUGAUUUGCAUGUAGAUCAUCUUUCACAGCGUAGUUCCCUGGUACCUAGUAUUCCCAGGAGCUCUAUCAGUUAUGCCACCAGAGUUCAUCCUUUGUCUCUGGAGUCUGAGAAGGCUUCACCUUUGAUAAAAAAAUUACAGCAGGAAGUGGUUUUCAAAAUUCUUUGCUCCAGUGAUAGGGUUGGGGGUGUUAUUGGAAAGGGAGGUGCAAUUAUUAGGGCUCUUCAAAGUGAUACAGGAGCUACUAUUACAAUUGGAGCUACAAUCACUGAUUGUGAUGAACGGUUGGUUACUGUUACUGCAUCAGAGAACCCAGAAUCACAGUAUUCUCCGGCACAAAAGGCUGUUGUCCUUGUUUUUGUAAGAACUUUAGAGGCUUCAAUUGAAAAAGUGCUAGAUUCAGGGUCAGGUAAGGGUUUAAAUGUUACUGCUCGGCUUGUAGUUCCAUCAAGCCAAGUUGGUUGUCUGUUGGGAAAAGGAGGGGCAAUAAUUUCUGAAAUGCGUAAGGCAACUGGUACCAGCAUGCGAAUUUUGGGAACUGACCAGGUCCCUAAGUGUGUCACUGAAAAUGAUCAAGUGGUGCAGAUUUCAGGAGGGUAUUUGAAUGUAAAAGAUGCUAUAUAUCAUGUGACUGGUAGACUACGAGAUAACCUAUUUUCUACCACACUGAAAAGUGCUGGAGCAAAAAGCAGUUCCUCGGUUUUAACUGAGACCAGUCCUUAUGGAAGAUUGUUGGAUACUGCCCCUCGUGGGUUGCAAGCAUCAAGUGGUUUUUCUCAUAGUCUUAGUUGUCAUACUACAUUGGCAAUGAAUAAUACAGAUCCCCUUGGACUUUCCCAUAGUUUAGAUUGCCCUCGUUCACCAGGAUUGUGGACAUCAGAGAUGGCUACUGGCCUGAAUCCAAGGAGCAUCACAGGUGUUGGAAGAGGAUUGACUUCUUUUAGAGGUGGAUUUGAACUUGGCAGUGGAAACAAAUCUGCUGUUGUGACAAAUACAACUGUAGAGAUCAGAGUUCCUGAGAAUGUUAUUGACUCUGUUUAUGGGGAGAAUGGCUGCAAUCUGGCUCGCUUAAGAGAGUUUGGAAUGUGGAGGUCCAAUAAUCUUUUUACACAAUUAGUGAUAACUCUCUCCCCACAAACCCACUCUCCUUUUCCAAGAUCUGAACCCAGAAUCUUAAAAUUGAAAGUUAUAAGAUUUGACAGUUAUGAGAUACCCUCAAGCAUUCAUCCUCACUUUUUCAUCAUGAUGAUAUCUUCCAUUUUAAACCUAACAUAUUCCACAAAAGGAGAAGAAAACUCAAAACCGUUUCCUAUUUAGUUGCUUUUCAAAUUUUUUUUUUUUUGGUGUUAAUGUUAUGAAUGAUUCUUAAACUAUAGUAAAAUGUUUAAUAUGGUACUUGAAUUUUAAAAAUUUGUAAUGUGGUAUUUGAACUAUGCAUCUAUUAAUUAAAGUGGUACUUAUCUCUAACGAGAUUAGUUUCAAAUGAUGACGUUUGGGACAAACAAUCUUUCAAGUAUCAUAUUAGUUAGCAUAUUCAUAUUUCAGUUAUCAUAUUAGAGAUUUUUAAAAUUCAGAUAUUACAUUGAAUAUUUUAUUAUAGUUUAGGGAUCAUUCAUGGUAUUAAACCUUUUUUUAUUUGAAACAUUGUACACAGUUCUGUUCAUCUAUCCCUUCAUAAGAAUGGGUAUUAUGGUUAGUCACGUGGCAAGGGAUAUGAUACAGCUCUGUUCCUUUCACUGACUUUCAUUAUCUUAGGCAAACCUUUUACUACUCUAUGUCAUCUUAGUCAGCCUAAACUAUGCAUUGGCAAAACAAUUCAAAUGAAUAUUCACUUGCAGUUUGGGUGUGUGGUUGGGCAAAAUAAACAAAUAAAUGAAGAGAACUCAUGCACAUUCUUAGAUUUUCCUCGUGUUAGUUUGUUAUAAAACUGUAUGGUUGAAAAGUGAUACAUUUCAAUCCUAUUUUAAUAUUUUAUGCAAUGAUACUUUCUUUCCAGUGGAGGAUUAAAAUCCAAGAUUCAAACUCCCCUCUCCCUAUGGCCUUAGCCAAUUAUACCGACAAAAUAAGUUGUUUUUUUAAGUAAUCCCAGUCCUACAUGUUCUUUCACUUCAAAAAAUUUAGUUGUAUGUUGAGCUUCCGUCAACUUCUUUCUCUCUUUAUCAUGCAUUACACACAUUCAAGUUC